AUGUUGUUUUUAUCUCUUUGGUGUUUUAAUGACUUUAAAAGAAGCUCAUUAUCGUCAGAUGUAGUUUGUUUUGUUACUGGUUACAUGCAAGAGGUGAGAAAAACAACAAAACAGUUGAGAACCAGUAGAUUAUUUACACUUUCUGUCUUAAAUUAAAUAUAUUUAUAAUUUUUUUAAUAUUAUUAUAAUUUUUUUUAAAUGUUUGUUGUAAUGUAUCAAAAUUUAACUGCUAUUAAUCACAAUUAAUUUUGUAGUAUUACACUAUUAUUUAGUUAAAAACUGUAAUCGAGUGUGUGUGUGUGUGUGUGUGUGUGUGUGUGUGUGUGUGUGUGUGUGUGUGUGUGUGUGUGUGUGUGUGUGUGAUAUAACACAAAUUAUAUUUUUAUUUAUUUGGUAUGUUUUAAUUUUGCUGUCAUGAUGAUGAAACCCCUGCUGAAAAAUCCAGCUAAAAACAGCCUAAGCUGGUUGGCUGGUCAUAGCUGGUUUAAGCUGGAAGUAGCUGGUUUUAGUUGGUCUCCCAGCCUGGCUUAGCUGGUUUUAGCUGGUCUCCAGCCUGGCUUAGCUGGUCAAGCUGGUCUCCCAGCCUGGACAAGUUGGUGGUAAGCUGGUCUCCCAGCCUGGUUUAGCUGGAUUUAGCUGGUCUUCCAGCCUGGCUUAGCUGGUCAAGCUGGUCUCCCAGCCUGGCUUAGCUGGUCAAGCUGGUCUCCCAACCUGGCUUAGCUGGUUUUAGCUGGUCUCCCAGCCUGGCUUAGCUGGUCAAGCUGGUCUCCCAGCCUGGCUUAGCUGGUUUUAGCUGGUCUCCAGCCUGGCUUAGCUGGUCAAGCUGGUCUCCCAGCCUGGACAAGUUGGUGGUCAGCUGGUCUCCCAGCCUGGUUUAGCUGGAUUUAGCUGGUCUUCCAGCCUGGCUUAGCUGGUCAAGCUGGUCUCCCAGCCUGGCUUAGCUGGUCAAGCUGGUCUCCCAACCUGGCUUAGCUGGUUUUAGCUGGUCUCCCAGUCUGGCUUAGCUGGUCAAGCUGGUCUCCCAGCCUGGCUUAGCUGGUCAAGCUGGUCUCCCAACCUGGCUUAGCUGGUUUUAGCUGGUCUCCCAGCCUGGCUUAGCUGGUCAAGCUGGUCUCCCAGCCUGGCUUAGCUGGUUUUAGCUGGUCUCCAGCCUGGCUUAGCUGGUCAAACUGGUCUCCCAGCCUGGACAAGUUGGUGGUCAGCUGGUCUCCCAGCCUGGUUUAGCUGGAUUUAGCUGGUCUUCCAGCCUGGCUUAGCUGGUCAAGCUGGUCUCCCAGCCUGGCUUAGCUGGUCAAGCUGGUCUCCCAACCUGGCUUAGCUGGUUUUAGCUGGUCUCCCAGUCUGGCUUAGCUGGUCAAGCUGGUCUCCCAGCCUGGCUUAGCUGGUCUCCCAGCCUGGCUUAGCUGGUUUUAGCUGGUCUCCCAGCCUGGCUUAGCUGGUCAAGCUGGUCUCCCAGCUAAAACCAACACUGACCAGCUAAGACCAGCCUGACCAGCUAAAACCAGCUAAGAACAGCCUGACCAACUAAGACCAGCUAACCCAGCUAACACAGUACCAGUUACGUAAUUUUUCUGUACUUUUUGGUAAUUUCAUGACUUACUAACUGGUAACGUAACUACAACGUCGCAGGCCCGUAAUUUCAUUACCAUUAAAUUACCAAUUCACAACGUUGUCAUUACGGGCUCCUAAUGUUGCAAGAUAACCAAGAACGUUUCAGUUACGUAAUAUAUUCGUAAUUUUGUGUGCAAUUGUAUGACUUACUGGCAAUGAGACUGCAAUGUCCCAGGCCCGUAAUUUUACCACCUUUCACGUAAUAACUCAAGACAAAUUGCAUUUGUUUGUUUGUUUUUGUUGCUGUAGCAGUUGCAUAACACCAAGUGUUGUACAUCUGGAAGACAGUUACAUUUGACAAAAAGGGGUCAUAUGAAAUAAAAUGUUAAUAGUAAUGUAUUUCAUGCAUUCUUUGUUUUGUAUCCGUUUGCUUUACAGUCUCAGACGAUUAAUUAUUUGGACAUUACAUUUUUUAAUCCUCUGCAACAGAAUACAAACCACAAUUUGGGAUCCUGACAUGUCAAAUUCCUAUGCUAUGUGGAGGUCCUCUGGAUAAAGACAACACACACAUAUAUUCAACUUUAUGAAGGCACUUUAUUUAGACCAGGAUACACAAUUUCUGUAUCAAACAGGCUUCUUAAAGGUUGCAAUAUAUUUAUCACUUGAUAUGAUCCACAUAUUAAUUUGCUACAGGUGUGUAAUGCUUUGUAGUAACUUGUAAAAAAUGGCCAACUUAACCCCCUAUUGUCUGACCUAAAUUUAGGCAAUGUAUAGGAUCUUCACACUUAAGAGUGCCCACUGACAUUUUUCCAUUCCCCCACACAUUAACUUUGUGUGGGGGAACAAAGUUGACUUUGACAUUAACUGUCAGGGAUACAGUAGGACAUUUAAUGAUAACAAGGAAGUAAGUAUACUGUAUGAUAUGACAUUUUGAAAAGGAACCACGAUGCACAAAAUUGCUAUGUACACAAAUUUUACUUAAAGGGAUACACUUUAAUGAUUGCAGGAUCCGUACCUUAAUGCGCGCACGCAGCACAGUCUGCGCAUGCUCAUUGUCUUGUGAUGUUAGAGACAUAAUUAGAUUUAAAAAAUAAUUAUUAUUUUUUAUAUAGAAUCCAAAAAAAUAAAUAAAUAAAUAAUGUAAUGCAAAGGAAAACAAAAUAUCAAAAUUUCCGUUCAUUAAAAAAAGCAGCUUGAUUACGUCGUUUAACUUCUUUUUUUUUUUUUAAAUAACCGUUGCCUGAGGCGCGAAUUCCGACCGUGACCACACGCUGGAAGACACAAGGCGAUUAUGUUCGCGUUCAUUAAAUGGGUGGAGGAUGAAAAAUUCCCAAUUCUGCCCACUGAACAUAUUAGAAAAUUUUAUGAGGAUGAAUACACAGCGGGAAUGGACGAAAAUUACGUUUACUUGGUGGAGUUGCGCCAAGGCGUCAAAGAGCCGAAAGGGGGGUGGGUGGCCGGCCUAUGAGGCCUCCAUCAUCAAGAUAGCAGAUAACAUCAGUUAAUAGGUAGUAGGCCUAUGUAGCGUUAUUCUACCUCCUCAGAAAGGGAAAGAACUUUACAAAUGAAACUUAAGGAAACUGAAGAACAGCUACCCAAGUCAGACACUGAAGAGAAAGAGUAAACCUUCAAUGAAUCUCAUAGAGGCCGCAGAGAUGAGAGAGGAACCAUCAGCUAAGAAAAAGAUUCCAUCUCAUGUUCCCAUCUCACAUGCUCAUAAACCUUUGGAAUCAAAUGAAGAUUUCCUUGAUCAUAACAGCAAGAUAUUUUCUGAUGUAGAUAUGGUGCCAAAGGCUCCAUCCAAGUCUUCUCUGUCUGGUUCUGCCAAAUGUUGCAGUGAUGCUAAUUAUGUUGAGUUAGCACAUGGCACAGGGAUAACCAUUCUAAAGCAUCAAUGGACUUCUGCCGUGCAGACCCAAACAGCCACUUCAAUGGUACAUGUUCUUUUAAUGGCCUCCUUCCCACUGGAGAUUCUGAUCCACAGCAAUUUGAAAGGAGGAAUGAGUAAAACUGACUGUGGUGCAGAGAGAAGGAAUGCCCUUGACAAGGACACCAUGGCAGCAAUAUAUGUGGCAGUGAAGAAGUUUUCCAAUGUGUCCAGAGGAGCUUUGGGGUUUGCAGUGAAUUCUAAGAUGGGGGAACUGAGAUGGCUUGAAAAAAAGUUAAUUUUUAGAAAUAUGUUCAUCAUGAGAGAGCAGGUGGAUGUGAUUCAUGCUGGAGAACAGCAGAUGCUGCAGACACCAGUGAAGAUUGAAGUGAAGCUGGAGAUAAAAGAAGAAAACAAUGCAGAGGAACAACAGACUGAUGAAGAUGAUGAACAGCAGAUGCUGCAGACACCAGUGAAGAUUGAAGUGAAGCAGGAAGAGAUAAAAGAAGAAAACACAACAGAAGAACAACAGACUGAUGAAGAAGACAAAGAACAGCAGAUGCUGCAGACACCAGUGAAGAUGUGUUCAGUGAAGCUGCUGGACUGCAGGAACCAGAUGAAGAUGAGAGGAGAAACCACAGCAGAGGAACUACAGGUUGAUGAAGAUGAUGAUGAUUUUAUUCCUUCAGAGCUGAUGGAAGUAAGAGAAGAACGUGAAAAGCUGAAGGAAGUGGAGGAGGAACAGCAUGGUUUCAUAACGGGAGAAAAAUCUUUAAGUGGCUCAAAGACAGAAGACAAUUUCUCACCUAAAAAGCCUCAAAGAACAGCCAAGAAAGCUUUCUCCUGCUCUCAGUGUGGAACAUGUUUCACAUAUAAAAGCAAACUUAAUAUACACAUGAGAGUUCACACUGGAGAGAAACCUUACACGUGCCAUCUGUGUGGAAAUAGUUUUGCAUAUGCUACCAGUUUCAAGAGUCAUCUCUUUUGCCACUCUGGAGAAAAGUCAUUUGAAUGUGAUAAGUGUGGUAAAACAUUUGUUCUGGUACAGUACCUAAAACAACAUCUGAAAACUCACACAAAUGAGAAGCCUUACAAGUGUUCAUUUUGUGAAAAGUGUUUUUCAUGCAUGUCCUAUUUGAAAAAACACCAGAAAAUACAUACCGGUGUGGCAGCUCAUGUGUGCUUUGAAUGUGGGAAGACCUUUAUUACAGCCAGUGACUUGAAACGGCAUGAAAUAAUUCAUACUGGAGAGAAACCAUACAAGUGCUCAUACUGUGAAAAGAGUUUCAGAAAUUCAGUAAACCUGAAAACACAUGAGAGAAUUCAUACUGGAGAAAAACCAUACAAGUGCUCACACUGUGAAAAGAGUUUCUUUCGGUCACAAAACCUGAAAACGCACGAGAGAUUUCAUACUGGAGUAAAACCUUACAAGUGCUCACACUGUGAAAAGAGUUUCACUCUGUCACAAGAACUAAAAACACAUGUGAGAUUUCAUACUGGAGAAAAACCUUACAAGUGCUCACACUGUGGAAAGAGUUUCACACAGUCAAAACAACUGAAAACACAUGAGAGAAUUCAUAUUGGAGAGAAACCAUACAAGUGCUCACACUGUGGAAAGAGUUUCACACAUUUACAACACCUGAAAACACACAAGCGAAUUCAUACUGGAGAGAAACCAUACAAGUGCUCUCACUGUGGAAAGAGUUUCACUCAGUCAGUAAACCUGAAAACACACGAGAGAUUUCAUACAAGAGAGAAACCUUACAAGUGCUCACACUGUGGAAAGAGUUUCACUCAGUCUUAUCACCUGAAAACACACGAGAUAAUUCAUACUGGAGACAAACCAUUCAAGUGCUCACAGUGUGGAAAGAGUUUCACUCAGUCAUCAGAAAUCCUGAAAAGACACGAGAUAAUUCAUACAGGAGAGAAACCUUACAAGUGCUCACACUGUGAGAAGAGUUUCACUUGGUCAGAAAGCCUGAAAACACACGAGAGAAUUCAUACUGGAGAGAAACCUUACAAGUGCUCACACUGUGGAAAGAGUUUCACUUGGUCACAAAACCUGAAAAUACACGAGAGAAUUCAUACUGGAGAGAAACCAUACAAGUGCACGCACUGUGAAAAGAGUUUCACUCAGUCAAAAAACCUGGAAACUCACGAGAGAAUUCAUACUGGAGAAAAACCUUACAAGUGCUCACACUGUGAGAAGAGAUUCACUUGGUCACAAAACCUUAAAACACAUGAAAGAAUCCAUACUGGAGAAAAACCUUACAAGUGCUCACACUGUGGAAAGAGUUUCACUCAGUCAGUUAACCUGAAAAAACACGAGAGAUUUCAUACUGGAGAAAAACCAUACAAGUGCUCACACUGUGGAAAGAGUUUCACUCAGUCAGGAAACCUGAAAAAGCAUGAGAUAUUUCAUACUGGAGAGAAACGGCUCACACUGUGAAAAGAGUUUCACUCGGUCACAAGACCUGAAAAAACAUGAGAGAAUUCAUUCUAGAGAAAAACCAUUCAAGUGCUCACACUGUGGAAAGCGUUUCACUCAGUCAGUAAACCUGAAAACACAUGAGAGAAUUCAUACUGGAGAGAAACCAUACAAGUGCACGCACUGUGAAUAGAGUUUCACUCAGUCAGGAAACCUGAAAACACAUGAGAGAAUUCAUACUGGAGAAAAACCAUACAAUUGCUCACACUGUGGAAAGAGUGUCACUCGGUCACAAGACCUGAAAACACAUGAGAGACACCAUACAACUCAGGGCCUGAAAUUCAUUUCUGAAAAUGGGAGGGAAUUCCCCCCUUAAGGCCUCGAUAUACUUCCUACGAAACGAAAGUAUGAACAGUUGUGACAUCAUAUCCAGUCACCUAGCGCCCCCACUUUGCUAAGGAACGGAGUAAAUUACAUACCCAAAUAAAAGGUUUACUGCUCAUGAGCAAAAACUGUCAGGACUGACUAAGCAAACAGCAGAAAAACAGCAUCUGGCACGAGGCAGCAGACACAAAAUCUGGCAUGAGACAGCAGAGGGGGAAUAAUUAGGAAGCAAACUAAUCAAGGGAAGGUGGAACAGAUUACAAGCAGCCACAAUAAUAAGGGCUAAGCAAAUCAGCAGGAGGAUCAUGGCAGCAAAUGUGAUUUGGAGCAUGGCAUGAUUGUUUUUGCCAGAUGGGCAUUUUUGAGUAUUUCCUGAUCUCUGAGAUUUUCAUGCACAACAGUCUC